UUAAACAAAAGUGAAAUUAGUGAAGUAUAGAGCAGAAGAAGUAAACACAUCAGCAAUUAGACAUGUUCAUAUGAAGAAAACAGUCUAUAAAUGUAAGGUUUGUAAGGAGAUGAAAUCGCGUUAAAAGUGUCAGAUGAAGUGAAGCAGACAGCAGCUAACAGUGUGACAACAAGACGCUGCAACGCCCCUAAAAAACUAUUUAUUGACCAGUCAUCGUUUUUGGGAUGAUUACUUAAACGUGUCUUCCAGUUUGUGCAAAAACCAGCUAUUCAUUUUCAUUCCAGUGAACACAUCUGGAUCCCUGCCCAGCCCUUUUCCUCCUCUUCCUUUCCUGUGCUGCUCUCCUUGUGUGAAAUGACCUGACUCUUGACUUCUCACUGGUUUCCAGCAUCAAACAGACAAUGGCCAGAAUAGCCUGGUAUCAAGAGAAGAUCGGGGCCUACGAUCAACAAGUCUGGGAGAAGUCACUGGGCCAGGCGGAUCUGAAUGGUUUGGACAGCAAACCCAAAAAGACGGGUCACAUCAAGUCAGACCUCAUCGAUGUCGAUUUAGUAAGAGGAUCCACAUUCAGCAAAGCCAAACCAGAGAGUCCCUGGACGGCUCUGACUCGCAAAGGUCUGGUCAGAGUGCUGCUGUUCCCCUUCUUCUUCCAGUGGUGGAUCCACGUGACCUCCAAGGCCAUCUCCUCAUGUAUCCUCGUGCUCUACUUCAUGCAAGUGUUAGCAGUGGGGCUGUUCUUGGAGGUCCCUGGGGCGAGUGCCAGCGAGGUGUUUGGGCCCAUGUGUCUGAUGCUGCUGCUGGGUACCGUGCACUGCCAGAUUGUGUCGACUGAGUCCAGCCGGUGGCCCUCAGGCAGUCCAGCUGCCAGCAGCACCUCCACCAGCCCUGCGCGCAGAAGGAGGCCAAGGAAGGGCAGAGGGCAGAAAAAAAACGAAGACAAGAAUGACAGCGGGGACACAGAACAGCAGGGGUCCUGGCAGUUUGACGAAAGCCAACGAUUAUACCGAAACGAGGAGAGGAGGAGAAGCAGAAGGUCGGGGUUCGGUGCAUCCGACGAGCUGUCUAGUGAGGAAGAGGAGGGGGUGCAACCAGUGGAAGUGAUUCAUCCACUGCUUUAUCAAGAGAGACACCCUGCUAUAGCCCAGCCAGCAUCUCCACCAGCGUCAUCUGUUAGAAAUAGAAAUACAAAGUCUAACCCCAAAGCCACAAUAAGACCUCAGGAAGGAGCUUCCGUCAAGAUGAAACCACGUGAAGUGGAGCGUCUCAGGCCGAGCGAGGGCUCUCGUCCAGCCUCCGACACCGAUGACACAAUGUGGGAGGAGCUUCUCCAAGGACCCGACUCCGGCUCCACAGGGAGCAGUGACAGCGAGGGGAACGGGAGGUACAACUCCAGCAUGGCCCUCACACAAGUCAUGACUCCGAGUAGCGAUGAUGAGAGCCUACAGCAAGGAAUCACGGGACACCAGCUGUCCUGGCUGCAGGCGUGUCACCCAUCCAAGGAUCGUGUCAGUGCUAUAAUAUGGGAGCAGGGCGAAUGUAAAAAAGCAGACAUGUCAGUAUUGGAGAUCAGUGGGAUCAUCCUUACACGGGUGAAGUUGGUGGAGCAGGAUAUGGGUUACCUUAUGUUUGGUGGGCUGGUUACCGCCACACUGGCGCUGCUUCCCUUUGCCUUCCGCUUGGCUCAACGUCUGGACAUGUCGAACUUCGGCUCGCUGUCCCCGAUGGAGCUGUUAGGACUGGUGGUGGGACCGCGUGAUGCCAAGGCCUACACCUUCCUCUUCAUCACGACAGUACAAAGAGUCUCUCUCACAGGACUGUUCUUCUUCAUGAUGUGUGUGGCUGAGAGGACCUACAAGCAGAGACUCUUAUUUGCCAAAUACUUCAGUCAUCUCACUUCAGCUCGCAAGGCCAAGAAAUCUGAGAUCCCUCAUUUCAGACUGAAGAAAGUGCAGAACAUAAAGAUGUGGUUGUCACUACGCUCCUUUCUCAGGAGACGAGGGCCGCAGCGAUCCGUUGACGUCAUUGUCUCCACUAUCUUCCUUUUAGCACUUUCCAUUUCGUUCAUCAUUUGUGCCCAGCUUCUACACAGCCACAAGACAUUCCUGGAGUCUCUGACAAACUGGGAGCUGAUGGUGUGGUGCUCCUCCCUCAUGCUGUUUCUGCUGCGGCUGGCCACGCUGGGCUCAGAGACAAACUACAAAUACAGUAACUCCUCCGUGCUGCUGACUGAGCAGAUCAACUUGUAUCUCAAGAUGGAGAAAAAGCCCAAUAAGAAAGAGGAACUCAAUAUUGUGAACAAUGUUUUGAAACUAGCUACAAAACUGAUGAAGGAGCUGGAUACUCCGUUCAGACUGCUGGGUCUGACCGUGAACCCUCUGAUCUACAACAUCACCAGAGUGGUCAUCCUCUCCGCUGUGUCUGCUGUGGUCAGCGAUUUGCUCGGCUUCAACAUCAGACUGUGGAAAAUUAAGCCUUAAUGUGAAUACAGCAAAACCACUAAACAGUCGGACACACAUGGAGACCAGAGAGUCCCCCCCCCCGUGUACGCUGCAGACGGCCUCUCAUCUACAAAAAAAAAGUGUGCUGACCUACUGACAGUAUAUUUCAUUUGUUUGUGCCUUCCAACUGAGUUUCAUCUGUCCGUCACAAGCCUGAGGUGCUCUGACAAUCGCUCACAUUGCACACACAAACACAAACACACACCACUACCGGCUGCUCGGCUGGUGUGGCAGCACACAGUUUCCAACAGCCACUAACCCAGUGCCUAACCUUUGACCCCUGAAUGUUCCUCAGUGUGUGGUUAAAUAGUGGUGAGGCUUCUGUGGCAUCCUGAUUCCUAAGUGUGUCUUGUACAGAUGUUUUGGACACAAAGUGAGAUGUAAAAUAGUGAAUUAACAUUAAUGUAGAUAUAAGUUCGUUUUAGUCUGAUUCACUGAGGUUUCUCAUCAGUGUAGUACAAUCAACUGUAAAACAAACAACGUGUUAUCAAAGCCAGUAAAUCAAAAAUGAGUGACAGGCUGUGUUUUAAAUUAAAUUAAUUUCCAUAGGACUGAAGUUUUUUUUUUUUGUACAAUUUAAAAGAGAAAACCUUGUAAGAUUGUAAGUGGGCUUUAUUUAUUUGGGGUUCUGUUUUAGCGCUUAAACUUGUAUCAUGACUCUAUGACCACUAUCUGCCUUUUUUUGUAUUGCAGACCAUUGUUGAAUAAAAUAACUAUGCAAAGAGGAGUGUAGUUAUGCUUAAAUGAAAUAUUUGAUAGAGGUGAAUAAAAUGUUU